CAGGAGAAGAUGUUUAAAUUUUAUCAAAUGAAAUAUAUUUUUCAAAUGCUGGAUAAAAUGAGAUGCUUGCGAAAGCGUUCUACAGUGUCUUUCUUGGGAGUUCUUGUUGUUUUUCUUCUAUUCAUGAACUUGUACAUUGAAGAUAGCUAUGUUCUGGAAGGUGACAAGCAGCUCAUAAGAGAAACAUCCACACAUCAACUUAAUUCUGAACGCUAUGUCCACACAUUCAAGGAUUUAUCUAACUUCUCAGGAACUAUAAAUGUCACCUAUCGCUACCUAGCUGCGACACCUUUACAGAGAAAGCGAUAUCUCACAAUUGGACUCUCAUCAGUGAAACGGAAAAAGGGAAACUAUUUACUUGAGACAAUAAAAUCAAUUUUUGAACAGUCCAGCUAUGAGGAAUUAAAGGAAAUUUCAGUAGUGGUGCAUCUAGCAGACUUUAAUUCAUCCUGGCGUGAUAUGAUGGUCCAAGAUAUUAUGCAGAAAUUUGCCCAUCACAUUAUUGCAGGAAGAUUAAUGGUUAUACAUGCUCCUGAAGAAUAUUAUCCAGUUUUGGAUGGUCUUAAAAGAAAUUACAAUGACCCAGAAGAUAGAGUCAGAUUUCGCUCCAAGCAAAAUGUAGACUAUGCAUUUCUGCUUAAUUUUUGUGCCAAUACUUCAGACUAUUAUGUAAUGCUUGAAGAUGAUGUUCGGUGUUCCAAAAAUUUCUUAACUGCGAUCAAGAAAGUCAUUGCAUCCUUAGAAGGAACGUACUGGGUAACUCUUGAAUUCUCAAAGCUUGGCUACAUUGGUAAACUCUAUCAUUCUCAUGAUCUCCCACGUCUGGCCCAUUUUUUAUUAAUGUUUUAUCAAGAAAUGCCUUGUGAUUGGCUAUUGACUCAUUUCCGAGGUCUGCUGGCUCAGAAAAACGUGAUCCGGUUUAAACCUUCUCUCUUUCAGCACAUGGGCUAUUACUCAUCCUAUAAAGGAACUGAGAAUAAACUGAAGGAUGAUGACUUUGAAGAGGAGUCAUUCGACAUCCCCGAUAACCCUCCCGCAAGUCUCUACACCAACAUGAACGUCUUUGAAAACUAUGAAGCAAGCAAGGCUUAUAGCAGUGUUGAUGAGUACUUUUGGGGAAAGCCACCUUCAAUAGGAGAUACAUUUGUCAUUAUAUUUGAAAAUCCAAUUACAAUUAAAAAAAUUAAAGUGCAUACGGGAACAGAAGACAGACAGAACGACAUUUUGCACCAUGGAGCUCUAGAUGUUGGGGAAAAACUUACGUUAAGCAAACAAAUAAGACAAUGUGAUACUUAUUUAAGACUGGGGGACUUCAAAAACGGAAACUUUGAAAUGUCAGAUGUGAAUCAAAAAAUUCCGUUUGACAUACACUGCAUGAGAAUAUGCGUUACCAAAACACAAAAAGAAUGGCUGAUAAUUCGGAGUAUCAGCAUUUGGACUUCCUAGCCAAAUUGUCAGUACACUGAGUUUCUGAAGCAGGUCUUCCUGUUUCAGGUUUCCUAUCUUCCUCUUUUGCUACGUUUGUCUUUUGGAAGGCAACCCAUGGAUGUGAUGUGUCACAGAAAAAGCUGAUCAUUUCAGCAGUUUUUAUUGCAGUUUUACUACACACACCCUUGUAUUUUUGUUUCCACUUUUGAGGUUGCAUAUCAUUCUGUAGCUCAAGCUGCUGUCAUUCAUAUAUUUUAAUGUUCAUAGCUCCACGAUUUUAACCAAUAGUCAAAAAGAGUGAUGUGAAUAAUUUAAAAUGAGAAAAUUCUUUUCUUGGAUGAUAAUUAAAACACAGUUGUCAACUGUACACACUUAUUCAUGAAUUGACAAUUCAUUAUAUGAUCAGACAGCUUCUUAUUAAAGAAUCUCUGAGAAUAUGCAGUUGGUUGCAAUCAUAAACUGGGAUAUUUUUCUUGGAAAUUUAGGCUCUCACUGACUGCUGUAUUUCUGCAAUUAAUACCUCCUCAUAGAUGUGGUAUCUUUACAACAGACUAUUUUGUGCAAGUAGGGAUGUGGGAAAGCAGAGGUAAAACUCAUCCUUUCUCUGGUUAUUUCUAUGAAAAUGAACACUGCUCAUUGUUUUAAAACAUUUAAUUGAGCACUUGUUGAUAAAUUUUCUGUGGGAAGAAGUACAUUCCUAACUUCCCGUUGGAAAAAA